AUGCAAUCCGCUAGCUCUAGCAGUCAAAAGCCCAUAGGUACUUCAAAUCCUUCACUCUCUGGGGCGUCUUAUAUAGUAGAUAUAGCUUUUCCACCUAGAUACUUCGAGGUUUGCGUAAACAUUGGCAACUACGCUAUCGAUCACCACGAAAUUGAUAUCUCACGUGUAAAUUCGGACAGCGAGCUGUUCGAGUUGAUUUGGGAUAAGUACAAAGUGAGCCGCGGCAUUAGACUGCGGCGACUCUUCCUUCGGCCCCGGGACGUCCAUUUUGUUAUGUUUUCUGUCAGCCGGGAUACACAGUAUGGGGCCGGAAUUCACAAGAAGCCUGAUGAGUUUCCACCUCAACAAGAGCUUGAUAAGAAGCGUUACGACUAUCUGUGUCCUAUAACCAGAAUGCCGGCCAACGUCUUUCUUCAUUAUUUACACCGAGCGAGAUGGAACGUAUGGGGAGAGCAUACCCAGAACACUUGGCUUCGGCGUCUGCCUAAGAAGCUGAAUGAGAGUGUACUAGCUGAGGUGUCGCAGGAUCUCGCAACUAAUCAGCAGAAUGGCCAGGAGGCAACAAUGGACUCAGACCUUUCAUUCGGGUGGGGAAUCCACAUUCUCGAUGGACCCAAUCAUGCUGUGCUCGGUUUUUUACUAGCUAUCGGAGUCGCCGUUGCGUUUGUCGUUUCUGGGAUGGUCGUGGGGCUUGCGAAAACGCAAGAGCAAGGCUUCGGGGUUGGAAGUUUCCUUCUUGCAAUCUUUGUCUGCGUAACGGCUGCUUUGUAUCACAAACUUCAAGACCAGUGA